UCCUCGUGUUGUUGUCAUCCAAAUUCUCGGAAUUAUUAAUCCUGACCCCCCUUGCGUGGCUGGCUUCUUCGCCCUGGACGCGGCCAAUGAGUGCGUGAGUGGAUGUGGGUGGGGGGGCCGAAGGGCCCGAAGAGGAGGCUGGAAUCUUCAAUCUGGAUCCCAUUCAACUCCAUGGUACGGUCAAGUCAAGUCGACUACAACACAGUACACAACACACACACACACACACACACACACAGGAAGGAAGUAGAUAUGCUACGACGGACUCCAUACGUUCACCCAAGAUCGGCCUGCAGAACGCAUUGCAGCGCAGACUUGCAGACUUGCAGGUUUCUUCUGUCAGCCGCAGCAGCGUCUAAUUCAGGGUCCGUCCGGGCUGUUGUGGCACAGGCCGCUGGACGAUACAUAGAUAGACCGUGCUCCAGCCUUGUCUGGAUCUGUGAUCAGCGACCGUCAACUCGGGCCACAGGUUCCGUUCCGGUUCCGUUCCACUACGGCGACACCCUCGUGUCUGUCUACCGUCUAUACUCCGUACAUACUCUACCAAAUGAGACAAAACGAAAACCACCUAACGGGUAGGCAUGAUUUCUGUCCAAACACCUGGAUCGGUGGUCGAGUCGGGGUGUUGGCUGCAUCAUCUGACAAUCAGCCAUCGCCAACAACUCUCGAUCUCCUCUACUUUUACAUCUACAAUCAAGGAAUAAUUGAGACAAAAACACAUAUCAUAAUCUAUCCAGUCUCGUGGGUAAAGGUACCAGAACCAGAUCCGGUACCAACCGCUCUAACCAUCACGGCCGUCGCAAAUAUACACAAGCUCGCCUCUCGGCAAGACAGACAAGACAGACAGACAGACAGACAGACAAACAAUCGAUGUGCGGUC